GUAGCAUAUGAGAGCUGUAACCAGAAAUGCACAGGUUCUCCUUGAAUGUACAAUGGGAAGCGAUGUGCCUCCACAACACCUUAUGCUGAGUACCACAAGGGGGCGUGUGGGUGCGGCCACGGAGGCAGCCAGUUUGGCUGGAACCAUGACCACUUCGUCACCGCCCCUAAUCAGAUGUUCUUUGAUGAAGGAUACGGCAGAAGGUGUGGUCAGAGGUGUGGGAAAUUCGUCAAACUUACAAACACAGGGGGCUGGGUGCCCGGCCAGGGAGGACCAGGUCCUUCAGGACAAUCUCAGGUGUUCAUGGUAACCAACCUGUGUCUGAAUGUUUACCCCAACCAGAACUGGUGUAACCAGGGAACUUGUCCUUAUGGUAACAAACACAAAGACUACGGAUAUGUGGCCCAUUUCGACUAGGAAAAUGGCGCCAAUCAAAUUUCAAAUUUUGGUUGGAACAACCCGGAAGUGAC